AUGGCUGUCCCAGGCCUGGACCCCAUGGUGGGAAGACAGGGAGCAGCUAAGCUCAGCGUCGGCCAGAGGGAAGUAACCGUUCAAAAAGGACCGCUGUACAGAGCUGCAGGUUACCCAGUCAGCAUUGGCUGCCAUGUCACUGGCCAUCAGGGACCUUCCCUGCAGCAUUUCCAGUGGUCUGUUUACCUGCUGACAGCCCCGACCAGGGAAGUCCAGAUCAUUAGCACCAACGAUGACACCUUCUCUUACGCAAUGUACGCUCAGCGGGUACGAAACAAGGACAUCUAUGUGGAGAGGUUGCAGGACAACUCAGUCCUGUUGCACAUCUCAAAGCUCCAGAUGCAGGACGCUGGCGAGUAUGAGUGUCACACUCCAAACACUGAUGGAAAAUACUAUGGAAGUUACAGUGCGAAGACCAAACUAACUGUCAUUCCAGAUACCCUCUCUGCCACCAUGAGUUCCCAGACUCUCAGGAAGGAGGAAGGUGAGCCUCUAGAACUUACCUGUGACGCAUCCAAAGCCACAGCUCAACAUACUCAUCUCUCCAUCACCUGGUACCUGAUGCAGGAAGGAGGGGGGAGCCAAGCCACCAGCAUUAUUUCUCUCUCCAGAGAUUUUGUAUUGACCCCUGGGCCCUCAUAUGCAAAGAGGUUUGCCGCUGGUGAUGUUCGGCUCGACAAGCUUGGGACUGCCACCUUCAGACUGUCCAUAGGCCAUCUCCAGCCCUCAGAUCAAGGCAGACUGUUCUGUGAAGCAGCCGAGUGGAUCCAGGAUCCAGAUGAAACCUGGACAUUCAUCACGAAAAAGGAGACAGAUCAAACAACCCUGAGGGUCCAGCCAGCAGGGAGAGAUUUUAAAGUCAGCAUCACAGCUGAGAGCACGUCUGCCGAAGGGAAGCCCUUGGAGCUGGUCUGCCUGGUGGUGGGCAGCGUGCGGGACCCGCAGCUUCAGGGCUUCUGGUUCCUCAAUGGGACUGAAAUCGCCAGCAUGGAUGCCCGUGGAGUCCUGGACCUGAGGAUGGGCUACAAAGACAGAGCGAGUCAAGGACGGCUCCAGGUUUCCAAGAUGAACCCGAAGGCUUUCUCUCUCAAGAUCUUCUCUGCGGGCCCAGAGGAUGAAGGCGACUACAGCUGUGCAGUGGCAGAGGUGGUGAGAGCUCCGACCGGCUCCUGGCAGGUGCUUCAGAGGGAGCAGUCACCAGUCAGCCACGUGCGCCUGAGGGAGCCAGCAGCAAGAAGCGUGGUCAUAUCUACCAGACAGCAAGCUGUGUGGGAAGGAGAGGCGCUUGCCCUUCUCUGCAAGGCCGAUGGGGUUGAGAGUCCUCUAUCCGUGACCUGGUGGCACAUCCCACAGGACCAGACCCAGCCCAAGCUUGUGGCUGGCAUGGCGCAGGAUGGCACUGUGCAGUUGGGUGUCUCCUCUGGGGACCCCAGUUACCAUGGCAACACGAGGCUGGUGAAGUUGGACUGGGCCACCUUCCAGCUGGAGAUCACCUCCAGCACUGUCUCGGACAGCGGUAUGUAUGAGUGCAGAGUGUCCGAAGGGUCCCAGAACCAGGCCAGAGGUCGGCACUGGACGCACAAGAUUUCAGUCACCAUCAGAUCUCUGAACUCAAGUUUACAAGUUAAUCUGCUGAGCCGUCAGCCACAAGUGAAGUUAGGGGACACCUUUGACCUGUCCUGCAUAGCGGGGGCUGACUACUCUGACCUCAGACCGCCUCUCACUAUGAGCUGGCGGUUCCAGCCAGAUGGGUCUCAAGCCUUUCGUCAGCUAAUUCGAGUCGCUCACAACGGCAUCAUCGAAUGGGGGGAUUCCCUGUCCCAGUUCCAAAAGAAGACGAAGGUUUCACAGUCUUCAUUUCGUUCUCAACUCCUCAUCCAUGAUGCCUCUGAGGAAGAGACAGGAAAGUAUGAGUGUGAAGUGGAAGUGUAUGACAGAAAUUCCCUACCCACAAAUAGCCCAGCCAGGGCCUCUGCCGUCUCUCACCCAUUGAGGAUAGUGGUCACUUUACCAGAGAGCAAGCUAAAAGUGAACUCAAGGAAUCAAUCCCAGGAGAUCUCCAUCAUCUCCAACACCAAUAUAGAAUGUAAUAUCUUAUCUCGGACCAUUGGAAACCUUCAGUUAGCAAUUAUUUGGUAUUUUUCUCCCAUUUCUUCUAAUGCAUCGUGGCUCAGGAUCCUGGAGAUGGACCAAACCAGUGUUGUAAAAUAUGGGAAUGAAUUUCAUACCCCACAGAAAAAACAAAAAUUUCAUAUGGAGAAAGUUUCCCAAGACUUGUUUCAGCUACAUAUUCUAAGUGUGGAAGACAGUGAUCAGGGCAGAUAUUACUGUGCCGUGGAGGAAUGGCUCUUGUCUACAGACGGUACCUGGAAGAAGCUAGGAGGAAAGAAGUCGGGACUAACAGAACUGAAGCUCAGGCCCACAGGUAAUCCUUGUGAAUGUGUUGACGCAUGUCUUUCUAUGGAGGACGCCGGCAUGUACUGGUGCAAGGUGAAGGAAUGGCAACUUUAUGGUCACCCAGGCAAGUGGGUCAGCCAAGCAUCGGAUGAGUCGCAGAAAAUAGUGCUCAGGGUGCAGCCUUCAGAGACCACGUUUCCUUCCCGGAUCUGCUCCUCUACACCUUUACUCUACUUUCUUGUCAUCUGUCCCUUGGUCAUGUUCGUUCUUCUGCUCAUUUCCCUCCUCUGCUUAUUCUGGAAGGCCAAAAAGCUGUCGCAGCUGAGUCUCAGAACACAGAAAGACAAGUCUCUUUGGGUGGGUCUGAACGGAGCUGAAGGCUGGACUACAGACAGGAGGAAGCACCAAGAGGAAGAUGAAGACAACUGACUCCUGAGAGGCACCUGCAUCUGGUGGAAGGAGCACAUGGGGACUUUUGAAGUGAACUUACCUGGGUGUGAACAAAGCCUGCUCCUGUCCUUCCCUACAGCUGUGGCCUUGGGCAAGUUGCCUAGGAAUCAGAGGGAACAUUUAAUGAGCACUUGUUUUUCUUAAAUAUACACAUUUUGUUUUUUUCA